UUAAUGAUUGGUCAAAUUAAUCAUAAAACCAUUUUCACAUAUUGUUAUCGUAAAUCAAAUUACUGUUAAAUUAUUCUUUUUUAAUAAAUUAUACUGUUGCAGUAGCUGCGUCGACUUGAAGAGUAGCAGAAAGCAUCAACCAAAAUGGAGCAGAAUAAAGCUUCCGCCCCUGUCCCUCCAACCAAACGCGUCCGCUGCAUCGUCAAGCUCGGCAAGGCAUUAGAUGGCAAUGGGACGAAACUCGAACCCGUGAAACCUGCGGAUUAGGCCGACAUGGAUGGAAAGACGGCUAGUGCAAUCUGAUUACACAUGUCCGAUGAAGUACUCAAUAAUAUAGGUGAUGAAGGAGGUGCAGCGAUCACAUGUAAAAACAAAUUGGAGACUAUAGAUGAGGAGAAUCUUAAGGAAGUUUCAUCCCAGCUUCGUCAAGCAUUGAUUCCAAAUACUGAUUCUGCAAAAGUUCUUGGAAUGGAUUGGAGCAAAAGGCCUGGACAGUCUGAACCUCCAAGUUUCGUCGAUGAGUUCAGUGAUCAACCAGUUGCGGAUUCAGAAAGUUUUAUUGUUGUGCAUGGAGCAGGUUCCUUUGGACACUUUCAAGCUAGCAAGUCAGGUGUUCAUAAGGGUGGACUAAGCCGACCUCUUGUCCAGGCUGGUUUUGUUGCUACAAGAAUUUCAGUCACAUCCCUCAAUCUUGAAAUCGUGAGAGCCCUAGCAAGAGAGGGUAUUCCUUCCAUCGGAAUGUCUCCAUUCUCAUGUGGUUGGUCAACAUGUCAAAGAAAUAUGACAGAGGCUGACAUUUCAAUAGUCAUUAAAGCUAUUGAUGCUGGUUUUAUACCUGUUCUGCAUGGAGAUGCUGUCCUGGAUACAUUACAGGAGUGCACUAUUCUGAGUGGAGACGUGAUAAUACGUCAUUUAGCAGCUGAACUAAAGCCAGAGUUUGUUGUUUUCCUUACGGAUGUACUUGGCGUAUAUGAUCGUCCACCAGUAGAACCUGGCGCUGUGCUUAUCCAGGAAAUUGCUGUACGUGAAGAUGGAAGCUGGUCGGUAGUGAAACCUAGAUUAGAGGACACAAGCAAGCCAGUUGAAUUCACUGUAGCUGCCCAUGAUACAACUGGUGGGAUGGUGACAAAGAUAACAGAAGCCGCUAUGAUUGCAAAGCUUGGAAUCGAUGUCUACAUAACAAAGGCAGGAACAGACCACUCAGUCAAAGCCCUUAGUGGAAUCUUGAAAGGCAGCAUACCUGAUGACUGGCUCGGAACAGCCAUCAGGUAUAUGAGUUAAAUCAUCGAUUACUGCAGUGAAACCUGGCCAGUAUAUUCGUGCAGCAAGGAUGAUGAUUAAUACAGUAAGAAGUGUACCAACUGGACCCCCUGAAUGCGAGGGUUCAAAUCAUUUUAAGACCUUUUUAUUUGGGUGAAGGCACUUACAAACAGCAAAUUUUCGGUUUAUAAUGCCACUCGUACCUUGUUGAACCUUGCAUUCGUUCACUAAAGCAACAAAAAGAAACGAUCAACCAGUUUUAUAGGGGCAGGGAUUGUAACUUCUCCUUUUGAUUGAUUUUUGUUGUGAUCUCCUUCUUCCUUCCUAUUCCUAGUCACCUUUCCUUAUCAUUUUCUCAGAUUUUCCUUAUUACAGAACAUAGCAGUAUUGGAUUAGAAAAUUUCA